AUGUUAAUUACAAUGAAAGUGAUGGAAGUGCUGUCGAUCUUCAAAGAGCUGCUGCAUGGAGCAGCGGAACAUGCGGUCAGCUACCGCCUGGGUCAGUCUGUGCUUCGAUCCGUGGAUAAAAUGCUUUGGACUGUAGAGAAAUCUGCUAGAUGGGCGGUACCGCCUCCUCUGGAUCAAGACGAUAGACAGCCGGAGUUAGUCCGACCGCUGCCCUGGGUAUUGUUUCUGAUGAUGCUGGUAGCUCUUCGCGUCACACGAGAAUCUAUAUCGUUAAUCAACCUAGCUCUUGGGAAACCUCCUUUGCGGUCCGCUGAUAUGGUUACGUAUAUUCAAAGCAAACGGCGCUAUCUGCGCACAUUGAAAUACCAAGGAAACAGGAUGAUGCGCGCGCGCAGCGAACCGUCGCAGUCUUGGCGAAGUGGGCUCUACUCACUCUUCGAGUUCACAAUGUGCUUUCGUAGACCGCAGUAUGCUAAUAACAACUCGCAGAACAGUAGCGACGAGGUCAUGAUAGUGUCUCACAAUAACGGAAACCGUUCCACGAGCGAGGCCAGCAUGGAGAAACUGAUGGAAAAGAUGAUGGUGGACCUUGAUGCUGAUUCGGAUGAGUCGUCCAAUUAUACGCUAACAAACGCGAAAAGCGACAAAUCUGAUUAUUCAGAGUCAGACGUGGAGAUCAGCACGCUCAACAGGUCCUUCAACGACGACACCAAGAACUCCAUAGAAGAGCACAUCAUCACGUCCACACCGGAAACGACACUCAUCAGCUUGCCGAAGGAAGAUAUAUCCGUGAUAAAGGAUAGCC